AUGAGAUUACUACCAACAAUAUUCUUGCUCACCGCCUUCCUCGCCAUCACGUUGGCCCAAAAACGGGCAGUAGCAGCGCCGCCAGGCGUCCCUCUGAUCAGCUGUUUCCGGUGCCUCUCCACAGAACCACGAUGUACACGCACCUGCGUCGGCAGAUAUUGCUACAAACUCGAGCUCCGCAUCGAAGCCGCGAAAGUGGUCUGUAUCUGCGAACCGGAGCCCUGCAAUCCCCCGUGCGAGGGAGACGCUUGCUAUCGGCGCGAGGAGCGAGUCAUAGGGCAAUUGGUAAAGCGGGAAGCUGGAUGCGCCGACAUGCAGUGUAAGGAAGAGCCAACGGCGUCUAAAGUGGUUAGUUGCGUGGUAUGCCACACGGAUUACUGCAACAAGAGGGAAACAACGGAGGGCCCGAGACAUGGACUUCCGAAAAACUCUUCGAAGCUUCGCUACACCGUCAUCUGGCUGCUCAUCCCCAUCGGCCUUAUCCUGUUCUUC